UUCCAGCCCAAACUCUUCCCGACUUCAUGCCGCCUUCGAUCCCGACAACAAUCGAGGUUGGUUCCAAAUGGAUACGUACAUAAGAUGGAAGGAAAACAAUAGGCUACCCGACACCCCACCAUUAGUCCUCGAGUUAGAUGGCAGCCCGACACUCUGGACAGAGGAUAAAAUACCAACCUACUCAUUCACGAUUACUUUACGCAGGGUCUUAGACGAUCAACAGUUCUGGCUUGGCUGGAAAUCUUUGAUAGAUCCCAGACCGUAGUACAAUAAAUAUGCAAACAAGCUUACCUGAGACCUGGGCUAGGCUUGUAGAACCGGGGCGCACCUAUACCCUUCUCUGGACGGGCAAAGAGAUUACAUACUGGGAUUGGGGUACGCCACAGCAGAAGAAGGAAAUAAAAAGAAAAUGGCCCCCUAUUUUAGUUCCGGGCGGUGCACAUCUCACCCUUACUGUGCAAGAAGGGAGGAGACCGCAGAUUCCCUCACCUCCGACACCACCACCAAUCAGUCCAAGUGAGAGAGUACCUGGUGCACCAGUCCUAAGUCUGGAGUUGAGCUGCAGCUCCACAAUGUCUGCUUGCGGGGGUUUGAACAUAUCUAUACGGGUCAUAUACCACAGCCCAUCAUCCGACAAUGAGAGUCCUCAACCGAUCACUUUCCACACCUGGGCGUUUAAUCCGUUCGACGCCUUUCGCGUCUAUCGCCGUCUCUGCCCUAAUCAGUCUGACCUGCAGACUGAGAACGAAUGGAAGAGCUUCGAGGACGAUCGGUCAGCACAUGUGUUUUGGGAUAAUCCUGACAGAGAGCUCAACGUGGCGGAAAACGAAGAAGGUCGGUUUGUGACGCUCUUCCCCGGGGAAUCCUGGUCCAAGUCUUGGUCUUUUGAUCCGCCCGACGACCUCCAGCCUCACGAGCAGCUCCGAUACCAAUUCAAAGGAAAUACACUGGACUGGUGGGAUUGGGGAACGGCCGAGGAUCACGCGCAAACCAUUGUCACGCUCCCCGGCUCGGGAAUUGAGCCAAUUUCGCACCCGAAGGACAAUGAUCACCGACCUAAAGUGGUCAUACCCGCUUCUGAUAUUGUGGAGUGGACAAUGAUUGAUUAGUGACUGAACGGUGUCUCGUUGUCAGGGGGACUGUCCCUAAGUGCU